GGGCGCGGGCAGGGGCAGGCGGCCGGCGGUGCCGGGCCCUGCCCGCUGCGGGAGCCGCUCCUUACUGCACUGUGGCCCCGCAGCAGCAGCAGCAGCGGCAGCAGCCGCCGGCGCCCGACAUGAAGAGCUACCUGUGGUCGCGCUACAAGGAGGCCAAGAGAGUCACCAAGGAGUUGGUUCCUUCAAUUAUGAGUAACAUGCUGAAUCCAGAUGCAAUUUUUUCAAACAAUGAAAUGAGCCUGUCAGACAUUGAAAUUUAUGGGUUUGAUUACGACUACACGCUGGUCUUUUAUUCAAAACAUCUGCACACACUGAUCUUCAAUGCUGCUCGAGAUCUUCUUAUUAAUGAGCAUCGGUAUCCUGCUGAAAUAAGAAAAUAUGAUUACGAUCCUAACUUUGCCAUCAGAGGACUUCAUUAUGAUGUGCACCGGGCACUGCUAAUGAAGAUUGAUGCUUUUCAUUAUAUUCAGCUGGGAACAGUUUACAGAGGCCUCAGUGUUGUCCCAGAUGAAGAAGUCAUUGCAAUGUAUGAUGGUUCUCAUGUCCCAUUAGAACAAAUGAGUGACUUUUAUGGAAAGAGCUCACAAGGAAAUACAAUGAAGCAAUUCAUGGACAUAUUUUCCUUGCCAGAAAUGACACUCCUUUCUUGUGUGAAUGAAUAUUUUCUAAAAAACAACAUAGACUAUGAGCCUGUUCAUCUAUACAAAGAUGUCAAGGAUUCAAUCCGGGAUGUCCACAUCAAAGGAAUAAUGUACAGGGCAAUUGAAGCAGAUAUUGAGAAAUACAUCUGCUACGCUGAGCAGACUCGUGCGGUGCUAGCAAAGCUGGCUGAUCACGGCAAGAAGAUGUUUCUCAUCACAAACAGUCCCAGCAGCUUUGUGGACAAAGGCAUGAAGUUCAUAGUUGGCAAGGACUGGAGGGAUCUCUUUGAUGUUGUCAUUGUACAGGCUGAAAAGCCCAGCUUUUUCAAUGAUAAGCGGAGACCAUUUCGGAAGGUAAAUGAAAGGGGAGUGUUGCUUUGGGAUAAAAUUCAUAAGCUGCAGAAAGGCCAGAUUUACAAACAGGGUAAUUUGUAUGAAUUCCUGAAGCUUACUGGCUGGAGGGGCUCUAAGGUUCUCUACUUUGGUGAUCACAUUUACAGUGACUUGGCAGAUUUGACUCUGAAACAUGGCUGGCGCACUGGGGCAAUUAUUCCAGAGCUGCGAUCAGAGAUUAAAAUCAUGAACACAGAGAAGUACAUUCAGACCAUGACCUGGCUGCAAACCUUGACAGGAUUACUAGAACACAUGCAGGUUCACCGUGAUCCUGAGUCACAAAUGAUUUUAGAAGAAUGGAAGAAGGAAAGAAAGGAAAUGAGGGAAAUGAACAGGAAUUUCUUCAACGCACAAUUUGGAAGCUUGUUCAGAACUGAUGAGAAUCCAACCUACUUCCUAAGGCGUCUCUCUAGAUUUGCAGAUAUCUACAUGGCAUCACUGAGUUGCCUUUUGAACUAUGAGCUUGAUUACACAUUUUAUCCCAGAAGGACUCCUUUGCAGCAUGAACUUCCUGGCUGGUCAGACCAGCUGUGCACUGGUACCUUCAGAAUACCUUUCCUACAAGAGACAGUUCAGAUCAAAUAAACAUUUGGUGGCUUCUCUCAAAAAUAAGCAAAUACACCUUUUUUUUUCCCCCCCUGACUGUACAUGUAUUUGAUUUAAGUCACUUGAAUCUGUUAUCUUGAUUUAGAUAUAAUUCAUACUUGUUCUCAUAAGUGUUGUACAUAUUUUCUCCUCUCCUGCUUGGAGAUGUGAAAGCUCCUCUUGCACAUAGAAGAGGUUAUGAACUGCCAAAAUAGUAGUGGGCUGGGAGUGAGAGCACAUUGAGGGGAAGGACCCGUGGUGUUCCGGAGUGGCUGCUUUUGUCUGUUCAUGGGGAAUUUUGAUCUGCAGUUUACAAAGCAAUACUUGUGCUCUCUGUUCUGGUCCUGUUCAGCACUCCACGUGGAGCUUGUCAUGGCACUGAAAAGCUCUAAUCUAGUAUUAGUAAUUCAGUGAUACAUGGUCAGUACAGUUUAUGGUGAGACUGAGAGGGAUGGCUUUCUUUGCUGCCAUAGCUAGAGCCUUACCUGGAACCGAAUUAACCACUGUUGUGUUGGUUGGGCUCUGCUGCACUGCAGUAAUUGCAGUCUUGGGGGGCUCAGGCUGAUCGGCUUUUUCUCCUGUCUGUGCAAUUUAUGUUCUUUUACACUCUGUGCUUGGCUGUAGGUGGACCUGAGCCUAAAA